AUGUUCGCCGCUAACAAGAAGAAACCGCCGAUCACGUCAGACCUGUUCGACCUCAGGCAGCAACGCGAGGAGUCGCUGAAAGACUUCCUGCAAAGGUUCAACGAGGUUGCGCUGAAGAUAGCGUCGUUGGACGAGAGGAUGGCGGUCAUUGCAUUUCAGAAAGGUUUGAGAUCGGGAGCUUUCGACAUCGCACUCGAAAGAGCGAACUGUCAAACGAUGUCGGAGGUGAGGGCUUUCGCCUUGAGCCACAUCAAAACGGAGGAGAAUCAGAUUAUUAAAAGGGCAGCGGAGGACCGAGAAGCAGGGGGCAGCAAUAAGGAGGGAAACAAGCAUCUUCGACCGCGCUCAGACUGGAGCAAACGGCGUGACCGAUACAACAUGAAGGAGGGCAGUUACAGGCAGGCCGAACAAAGUGGUCGGGCAAGGGGCGAAUGGACACGCAACAAUGAGGAAGAGAGGUUCAUCCCACUUACUGUUCCCAGGCGUCAGAUACUCCGCGAUGUCAACAGCGCAUCGUUGUUCAAAUUUCCGGCGGCGACGGAGCGUCAGUUAGGGCCCUUGAAAACCGACUGGUGUGAGUUUCAUAGGGCUCAUGGACAUUCUACGGAAAAUUGCUUCGUCCUAGGAAGACAGAUCGAACGCCUGAUCAAGGAGGGACGACUGAGGGAGUUUGUGGCGAGAAAGCAAGAAGGAAGCUCGUCCGAUAGGCGGUCUAGGCGCACACAUGAUGACGCCAGGAGGGAUAGGCGUAGAGAGAAAACUCCUCCCAGAGACUCGCCAACAAAGGUCUCGGAAACUCAUCAGCAGCCCAUCCAUGGAGAUUUCAACACCAUAGCAGGAGGUUUUGCCGGCGGGGGACCUACUUCUGCGGCCCGAAAGAGGUACACUCGGUCGGUGUUAACGGUCUCGGAAUUCAGGCGACCGUCUCAGCCUGAGAUUUCGUUCUCAGAUUCGGAUUACGAAGGAGUAGCGCCUCAUGAGGAUGACCCCAUCGUCGUGUCGGCGAUUGUCAUGGGGUACAAUGUGAAACGUGUGUUGAUUGACCAAGGAAGUUCCGCGGACAUUUUAUUCUGGGAAACCUUUGAGGGGAUGAAAAUUCCUAACGACCGACUAAUUCCGUAUGUGUCCUGCCAUCAGUAG